GACGAGUAAAAGCAAAGGUUCCUUUAUCACGUACUUUUGCAUUCAAAAUAAAAAAUAUAAUUUUUUUUACUCUUAAUUGCGAAGUUUCCCAAUGUUUCUUUGCAAUCUUGAUGCUAAUCUUUCUCGCACCCAGAAAUCUCAAUGUUCCACACCAGCCAAAAAGGACUAGCAAAAAUUUCUGACCCCAUGGCCAUUCUCUCGUGAUUGCUCUGGUGACUCACUUGACGUAAUCCGCGUGUAUCUUGGUUUGGUUUGUGCUCUUUUGCUGCUGCUUGGCUUUCCAGCGAGCAGCGCUGCAUGCAGCACAGGUGUUCGAGGAAAUGCCUCAUUGCUUGCAGAGAUGUCAACUGCCUUGCCCACGUGUAAUACGAAUGGUUUACCAUCCUUUUAGACUCGGCUUUAUUCUUCGGUGUGCAUCAAAAGGCUUCACCACUCCAGUGGACUAGCAUACGCUAACGGUCAAAAAUUUUCAAACGUUAUAUACUGCUGUCAAACGGUGGGACUUCCAUCUACCAGCCAUGGACUUCCACAGCCUCUCAAGGAGGCAGCUGCAGGCCCUCUGCAAGAGGAAUCGAAUUCCAGCCAACACAACCAACAUCGCCAUGGCCGACGCCCUCCAAGCUCUCCAAACUGUUGAAGGUGUGGACGAGAUCCAAGAAGCCCUGCAGUUCCAGUCUCCCUCUAAGGCAGAGGAAGUGUCACAGAAGCUGCCGCGCUCCUCCCGGAGAACCUCAGCUCGAAGAGGAUCCAUGUCCCUUUGUCGGGCUUGCCCCGGUUGUGCGGGAGCCUCAGAAUAUUCGAUGGUCAAGAAAAGAGCCAUGGAAGAAGAGGAGAGGGAAAAGCAAGAGAGCCCUCCCGAGAUACCUGAAACGCCGUCAGCUUCCGGUCACCGCAAGACACGAGCAUCCGGAACUCCAGGCACUAGGAGAAGAGCUGCAAAGAAGGAGAAGAUAAAGAGAUUAGAGAGCCUGUUCGAUGCACCGGAGACUCCAUUUGCUCCGAGUCCAAGGACAACAUCAACUCUGCAGCUACUCGGUACUCCAGUGGAGCAAGAAGAGAAGGCGGCACCCUUGAGGUCCUAUAAGAGAAGGCGCUCAUCUUGUCUGAGGAAACAAAGGGAAGAGGAGAUCGAUUCUACUCCCCAGAAUAGCAAGAGAUCGGAGGUUCUUGUAAAGAUGGCACCUUUAGCCCAGGAGCAUGCGGAAGAUGAAGAUUUCAGAGAUUUAACGGAUGUUGUUGCUUCCAAGGCCAUCUCCGGUGAGAAAGCAAGCACAAAGCUGCUGUUUGAUCUGACAACAACCUCAUUUCAACCUUGUCCUCGAGAUACAGUGAAACUUAAGGAAGAGUUUGGUGGUAAUGUGAAUGCAGUUGUAGCAAGCAAGGACAUCAAUGAAGGUGCCAGUUUGAUCACAGAAGGAAUAAAGAAAUGCCAAAAUGAAACAACUGGAGAAGUGAAUUUUCUUGGUUCUGGAUCAAAUGUGACAAACCCGAAGGCUGAAGGCCAAAACUCUGAGCUGAGAUCAGUGGUGGAACUUCACCAGAAUUUUAGAAAAGCAUCAAAAGAAAGGGAUCAACAGCAUGAUCUACAGCUCACUAAUUUAGAUUGUUCACCAAUGAGAGGGCUGGUGGAGUGUGAGGGAACAAAGAGAAGAACAAUGGAGGAUGGAAGAACCAAUUCAGAUGAUCGUCGUCAAGAUUUCAGCUGCCAAUUGCCAGCAAAUGGGGCAACAGAGAAGGAGAGUAAUCAAUUCUCUUGUGAAUUUCCAGCAUCCUGUCCUCCAUCAAUAAUUCUAAACUGCAAGGCUAAUGGAGAUUCAUCAGAGCCAAAGGCUAAUCAAGAGCUUGUGGCUGCUUCUGGCCAACUGCUCCUAAAGGGAACUAGAAAUUCAUUGGAUUUGGAAGCUAACCCAGAUGUCUAUUGGGAGUUUCCUGCUAUAGACUAUAACAGCUGUGAUGACCCUGGCCAGUUUCCAGCCACUGGUUAUCAAAUACGUCCAGCAUCAGAACUCCUAGAUAACAUUCGCAGCAAUGAUCCAAAAUCGAAGCCAUGUAGUGUGGAUGUGAGGGUGGAAAGCUCCAGCAAGCUUCUGGCAAGCAACCAUCAAACACCUGCAACAUCAGAAACUCCAUGCUUGGAUGACCAAAAAGGUAGCACAGAUGUUGCAGUUCCAAAGAUUGAAUUCUCUGGAGAGACUAUGGAUCCUCUUAAUCAGAUACCAUUGGAAAGUGUAGGCCCCGAUGGUCGAUGUGAGCUUGAUGGGAAUGGAGAUGAGACGAACCUAGAUCAGUGUGACAUACUGAAGCACAACAUAAAUUCCUCAAAUCAACAAGCUAUUGCAGAAACUUCAUGUGCUGUAUCAAAAUUCUCUGGUGAGAUUCCAGCCACUCUUGGUUUUGAUGGAUGUGAGGAUGUUACUGGUGAGAUUUCGAUAGGCAGAAAUCCAGAGUCUGACAGCAUCCCUGAGACUGCUUCCUCUUCUUGUCUGCAGAUAGCAUUGCCAUGUUCAAUCCUCCAGAGCUCACUCUCCACUGAAUCUCCAGCCAUGAUCCAUUCCGGCAUGAGGGAUCUGAUCGGAAACCUGCAAUAUCCACCACCAAACCCUGGUAUGCAGAGUCCACAGGCUACCAGAUCUCCAGCCAAAAUCUCCAUCAAGGUUGGAAACCCAUUGGACGUCACUGAAUCUGAGGCCAGGAUCCCAGCCAAUGGCAUAGAACAAAAGAUCUCACUUUCUGAUCCAAGUCUGAAUACAUUAGUUGCUACAAUCCCGACGAAGGCUGGAAAGCUGAUUGAAAAACUACCAGAAAUUAACUCCUCUGCUGACAAAUUCCAUGACAUUGGUGCUGGUUUAGUGGAGUUGGAGGGAGGAAGUAAGGAGGUGAAAUGGAGGCAUGAGCCCAUCAAUACUUGUAGGGAGGAGGGCAUAGCAGCUAGAGCACAAACCAAGGCAGAGAAACAUAGUGUAAAGGAGGAUUUGGAUAGCUUGAGCAUGAGGAAGCUAAAGAUGCUGUACAAGAAGAGAAGAAAGAGGAUGAGUCUGACUUCUUUGACAGUGGAUGAAAGGAAGGAAGAAAAUGAGGUGAAAAUUGAGGAGGGAGAGCAGACCAACCAGAAGAGUUAUUUGAAUGGUCUAAGCUUGAGGAAGCUGAGGACCAUGUGCAAGGUGGCAGCCAAAAAUAAUGGAAAGAUUCUAAGAGAAGACAAAGUAAACAAACCUAACAGAAGACCAAUAUAGGAUCACGAGGAUAAGUCAAUAGGAUAUUACCCAACAAUAAGACAAUUUAGCCUACUCCACAAGCCAAGAUGGUUUUGAAGAUUCUUGGUGGAGCAAAGAGUCUUUCAACCUGAAAGCAUUGAAGAGCAGCCUGCAGAAUAGAGAAGAUAGAUCUUUUUCUACACAAAAAUAACCUUGCAUUCCGCUCCUUCCAAAGUUUCUACAGCAUUGCUGCUAGCAACCGAUCGCCUCCCCUUGCUGCCAACAUGUGUUUGUUUCUCUUCUUCCAUUUGGUUCAGAGAUCAAAAAAGGUGGAAGGGCGGCCAAUUAGCUUCAGCUGUAUCUUGAUUGUAGUCCACAAACUCCUUGCAAAAGCAAAUCUAAAGAACAGAUGAUUGGUUGACUCCAAGUUUGCGCCAUACAAAAUGUACCCUGAGUUUACAUUCCACACAAAAUGCACAUAAUAUUUGUAUCAA